GUGAGAUAUUUCAUGGGGUUAUUGCAGAAACCUCACUUGUUAAGAAAACAACAAUAGCUAUAUAUAUAUAUAUAUAUAUAGCUAAUAGAAAUUAUAUAUACUUAGAAAUUAUUAAGAUGGGGAAGGGAAAAUCAGCUUCAUUGUUCUCCUUCUGCAACAUAUUCAAGGCAUGCUUUUCAAGUGGAAGCAACGAAGAUGCAUACUCAGAAGAAGGUUACUACAUUAGGAGAAGAAUAUAUGCAAGUGAUGAAGAUAGAGGUGGUUGGACUGCUGAGCCUGGUAUUGACCGCAAAGCUUCUGCUUUCAUUGCCAGGUUCUAUGAAAGUCGAGUUUCCGACUCUGAGCGCCAAACUUUGGCAGUUUAAUUGGUCAUCAUCAAUAAUGUCCCUCCAAUGCUUUCCAAGCCUGGCCAUGCAUGAAGCUCCAUUAAGCUUACCAUGCUUCUUCUCUCUAGCUUUAGAAAUUAUCCUAGUCACUAUUCUGACCUGAGCAGCUUCAAUUAUGGUUUCCAUUUUUUAUUAUGUUUUUCCUUCUUGUAAUUCACUUGCAAAUGUGCAUCCUAAAUAUUUUAUCACAUACAAUAAUUAUGCCCCAGAUUACAUUUUACAUUAUUAAUUAAUAAUGCACAUUUUAUA